AUGUCUGAUUAUCACCAAAGACCUAUGGACAUGUUAGAUGAGGAGAAGACCUCGUUCAUAACUGAAGACGUGACUUAUUGUUACAGGGCUAUGCCCUUUGGGCUAAAAAAUACUGAAGCAACAUAUCAAAGACUGAUGAACAAAAUCUUCAAGGGGCAGAUAGGUAGAAACGUGGAGGUGUAUGUAGAUGAUAUGGUAGUAAAAAGCCAGACCUUUGAGCAGCAUGUGGCAGACCUAAAAGAAGUGUUCGGAGUACUAGAGCAGUACAGAAUGAGGCUAAACCCGAUUAACGGAACUGAGAAAGGAGGAAAAAAUAAUGUAUUACCAGGAAUUGAGGAGGACAUACGUAGAUCUACUGAUUCAAUAUCUUCGUUUACAACUGAUAAUUCGACGUUAGCAACUCUUGAGGAUGACUUGUUUGGAGAUAUAAGAGCUUCGAUCCAGAAAUCUAGUAAAGCAUCCAAGGCAACAAUUUCAUAUGGUGAAGUGGGAUCUAGAGUAAAUGAAAGCCAACAUAACAAAUCUUCAAUGAAAGCGAACGUUGUUUCUCAAAAUAAGUUAACGCCUAAAUCAGCUACCGAUAAGACAAAUGUUGUAUCUAAAGGAUCACAGGAACAGGCAAACCAGGUCUCUCCACAAGCUUUAAAGGCUGGUUGUAAGAAUGGAGAGUCAACUUCCUUUUGCAAGCCACCCAAGAUUGUGGGCCGAGUUAGUCCAAUGUUAACAUCAGCAAACAAAAGAGCUUCCUUGGGUGUCAACCGUGUCAAAAUGGAGAAGGAUAGUGCAAAACCUUCAACUGAUCAUUCAGAUAAUCCAAAAAAAUUUACUGUGGCAGGUAGAGGAACAAAACUUCCAACUAUGGGGGGUUCAAGAAAUACUCUCCCCAAGUCCACUCUUCCUUCCAAGUCCUCCUUGCAAUCUUCAGUGGCAUCUAAGACAGAGCUAACAACUCCUUCUUCCUCUGUUGACAGUUUGGAAAGCCUUUCAUCGGAAAGUAGUACUACACGUUCCUUAAAUAGUGUGAAAAGAAAAACUGAUUCCAGAACUGGCAAUCGUUCUUCCACUGUUUCAACUGUAAAAUCCACAUUGAGAACAGCAUCAAGAAGCAAGAAUCAGUCUGUGACUUCACAUAUUUCACCUUAUUUGAAGUCUGUAACCAAGCUCUCUUCUUCAGUAUCACCUUCUAGUUCUAUCAGUGAAUGGUCUUUGGAAUCAGUGUCACCAACCUCCACGCUUAAUAAAAGGACCAACAGUUCAAGACCUACCCUGGACAUUGCCUCUUGCGAAGAUGCACUUGAUAAUGGUGAUGCUCCCCGAGUUUUUGACUCGAAAAAUCAUUCUGGUGAAAGAGGCUCCGUCGGACAUGAUACCCAUGUCAUUGGAUUGCCAAGCGAAUCUGGAAAGAGAGCUUCAAUAGGAGCUGGUGCACUUGGUCAUCUGGAUUCUAUCAAACCAUCUCGGCUUCGGAUGCCAUCACCAAAAAUCGGCUUCUUUGAUGGGGCGAGAUCAACAGUGCGCUCUCCUGGUGGAAGCAUGCAAUCACAACCAGCUGUACCCAAUGGCUUGCCUAGAUAUAGGGUGAGAAAUGUUAGCCUCAGUGGUGGGUCAAAUGAGGCAAAGCUUGGAAAAUCUCAACCUGCUAGAGCCGCAUUGGCAGUUCGAGCCGCCAAAACUUGUGCUCAGCAACCUGUUUGUAGCACUUCAACAAAUGGAAAAUACUGUCCCGGCAUGCCUCCGAAAGUUCAGAAUAAAAUGUCUCCUGGAAACAGUGGGCAAAGAAACUUGAAGGUUGAGAAAAUUACCGCUGAAGAUUGUGAUACAGUAAACACAAUCUUAUCACAGAAAGUGGGUGAAAAGGAAAUUUUGGGUUCUCUAUCGAACACCAGUGAGAAGGGUCUUGAUUUGGCCCAACAAGUUGAAGCUAUAAAUAUUCAUAGGGAAAUCCAGCAAAAGCCUGUUCUUGACUGUUCUCUUCAUCAAGUCAGUACAAGCGGAAAAGUUAAUGUUUAGCGCUCAAGAGGAAUUUGUGAAGUUAAUGCCUCCUUCCACAGUCAAGGCUACUGAAGGGUUAAAAGUGGAGAUAUACAUGCAUCAAAUGUGAUUAAGGGAGGAAUGAGUUCAGUGGUAUGAAUGUAUAUUUUGUGAGGAUAUCUCUUAAAAAUGAUGAUUUGUUUGAAAUUUUGAGAUUAAAUUGUAGUAGCAGACUAUGUUCAUUCUGCCGAUAUUUGGAGCUUUUUUUGUUUCACUAAAGUAUUAUUAAGUAGGGGAUGAUGAUUUAAGUACAGUGAUGUCUCUUUUUGCCAC